AUGCCUGAGGUAUGCGCCACGUGCACAUCUCCUGGCACAAGAACUAAUCAAGGUAUUUCUUGUGAUGGGCCUUGCGAAAAAACGUUCCAUUUCAAAUGUACGAAGACUCCAGCGGCGUAUCAAGAUAUUCCAGCCGGAACAGGCCUAACCUGGGUUUGCGAUAAGUGUAAACAUGGAAGGAAUGACUCGAAGCUAGAUAAACUGUUAGUGUCGCUUGCGUCAAUCCAGAAGGACCUUAAAGAUGUGAAGACGGUACAAACAGAAGUUUUCGAUUCGCUCAACUUUUAUGGUGGAAAGAUAGAUGAUUUUGGAAAGCGAAUGGACAAUUUUCAAAAAACUAUAAACUCAGUUCAAGGAGUACAGCAAGACGUUCAACAACUGAAAAAGGAGUGCGAAAACUUGAGAGCUGAGAUUGAAUCAAUGCAUCAGCAGCAGCGCAUGGAGAAUAUAGAAAUCUCUGGAUUGCCUGAGAAGAACAAUGGAAAUUUAAAGUUGAUCAUGCAGAUAAAAAUGAAUGAAAAAACAGAGAGUGACAUGAAAUUGAAACGACAAUUGAUCGAAGCGACGGAUGCAGUAAGACAGAAAUUCAAUACUAUCAAGAGUAAUCGUACCGAAAAUCUGAUGUCUCUCGAGAAAAUAUAUGAACCUAUAACAAAACCGCUCAAUGUAAUAUCUGCUGCAACCGUAGCAAAACUAAAAAUCGACAAUUUGCCGUCUGUCACCGAAACAAGUAUACCCGUCUCGAUUAAUACAUCCUUCAUUCCAUUAUCAGCAAGUACACCGAAAUAUAACAGCCGUAGUGAUACUACCGAGUUUUAUUCGCCUCCAUGA